UUCGCUGUGCCAGGCGGUAUUUUUGAUGCAAUGAGUAUCUGCCGCCCCGUACGAUGUCUUCUCACGACUCCUGCUUUACCUAAGCCUACCUCGACUCCCAAGCGGUCUUUCCAUGCUUCCACCCCGAGAGCGGCUCGCCGCCGAAGGCCUCAUUACCCAUCGAUCAAGGCAUCCGAUUUGAACCUCAUCGACGAAGCAGCCGCUAAAAACUAUCCCAAGUACGAUACCUCGGAGGCUGCUCUUCUAAGCAAAAAAUAUACGCCCUCCCAAAUUGCCGCUAUCCAAGCCGCCGAAACCGCGAUUGACCCCCGAGACCUCGUCACGCAAGCCCAGCACCGGUCUGAUCCAUGGCUUCUCCCUUACGAAGAUGACUUGGCGGAGCUUGACCCCAUUACCGAUCACGCAGAGAAGCUGAGCGCAGAGGAUCUGCCCGAUCGCAAAGGGUUCCGCGAGGCCACCAAUGCCGAAUAUCAAGUUGCCGUGACUGAUCUCAUGAACGAAAACAUCGCCAAAAUGUACCCAAACGGUGUUCCCGAUAAGAAUGCAGCGCCCGAAGAAACUCGACGCCUGGAAGAGUCACUGCAGGCUGCGGCGAUGCAAGCGUCGAUCGACCCGCGCGCUCUAUACCACUCCAAGACGCCGGAACUCCUGAACUCCCUGGCUGAUCCAAGACACUCUGUGAUUCUCCCGGAUCUCCCACGACUCGACAGUCGUAUGGCGAAGCAAACACAACGUAUCGCUAGCGAUGAAGUGGAUGACCCGAGGCAAAAGCGAUUACUGCAAUACUUGCACUGGAAUAAAGCGGCCCUGCGCAACAUCAAAGUAAAGACGCUGGUAACUCACGGCGUUACAAAUCAAACACGCAUGGGAAAGAUCAGGAGUAUGUACUUCCUGACAAUCGCAGGCAAUCAAAAUGGGUUGCUCGGUGUUGGCGAAGGCAAGUCGGUCGAGCCCGAGGAGGGGCGGAAACAGAGCGUCAAUGCAGCCAUCAGAAACAUGAGGCCAAUAGCCAGAUACGAGAAUAGGACAACGUAUGGCGAUCUGGAAAAGAAAGUCGGCGCUACGACGGUUCAGCUCUUCUCUCGUCCCCCUGGAUUCGGUCUUCGCACCCAACAUCUUAUCUUCGAACUUGCCCGUGCCGCCGGGCUUCAGGAUCUCGCUGCCCGCACCCCCCGCUCACGAAACAAGAUGAACGUGGUCAAGGCAGCUUGGGAAGCCCUUUGCAACCAAAAGCUCCCAGAUGAGAUUGCUAGGGCAAGAGGCAAGAAACUUGUCGAUGUGAGGAAGGUAUACUAUGGUGGCCCUGUGCAUUGAGUCUCGAGGUAAAGGUGGAGUCUGGGGCUAAUUGCCUAGGCAACUCUUGUAUCUGUAUGAUAUAUGUAGAUGUGAUGUAGACAAGAAGACGAACACGGGAGGCAGAUGUACUUGUACCAUAUGCAUGCAUUGGGAUCGGAUCAUCCAGCGGGCGUACGCAAUGUAGAGAGUCUUGUAGUAUAUUGACACUAUUCCUAUCUGAACAUGUUCUUUUCUGUGUGUGAAUCCAACUUUCAAUGGUCUCAAUAACGCGAUCCGCUGAUCUUUAUAGCCUGCGAUUCAAGAAUCGUGAUCGGGAUUAAAGCCUAUUGGCUUCGAAAUGGGGGUAUCUAGCAUCUAUCAUCAUCGUUGAUAUUCAUCAUUCUCAUUCCAACCCAGCAGAGACACUCUCGUCUCAGAAGCCCACACUUGGAACCACCGCAUAUCCCUUCUUUGUCUCGAGGAACCCCGAAUAAAUGCCUCGUCAUCCAACUCUACCCUCUUCAAUCUGCUAUUUCCCCUCCUAUCCCCUCCGUCACUGUAACUCUAUCGCUCUCCCCAAUACUUCUC